AUGAACAAGGCUGUGCGGUGGCUCUACCACUCCCGCAUUCUACGUUGGUUCGUUUUUGGCACUUUCUCCAUCGUGUUCGGACUCGCUAGCGCAGUCGCAAUCGUACUCGCCCACGACUCUCUUACGUACAAGCAUCGCGAUCUGCAGAAGAUCUCCCCAUCGGAGCUCGCACUUCAUCCUGAGCCAGGAGGACCAAAGAAUUUGCCUGUAGUGAGCGACUAUGUAGAAGGCGAUGAGGACAACUUCACAAGAGAGUGCAAGGGCAAAGAGAGGUUGGUCAUCGUUGGAGGCGGUUGGGCAGCGGUCAGUCUUCUGAGCAAGCUGGAGCCGGGAAGGUACAAUGUGACGCUCGUAUCGCCCAACAACUUCUACCUCUUUACGCCUCUCUUGCCGUCAGCCACCGUCGGAACGGUAGAGCCCCGCUCCCUCAUCGAGCCGAUCCGAAAGGUGCUGUCGCGCCACCGCGGGCACUACGUCCAGGGCAAGGCAAUCGACGUCGAGCUGGGCUCUUCCAUCGACCCAUCAGAGGGAGGUACGCAGCGCCUGCUGGAAGUACAGCUCGUGUCUGGAGAAGAGAAGUCUGGGAUGCCCGGCCGGGGUCAUCCCGAAGCUCAGCCUGCUGCAGGAAGCUCGGCGCCCCCCAGGGAUGAGGUCAAGGAUCGAAGAGUCUACAUCCCCUACGAUAAGCUCGUCGUCGCCGUAGGCUCCGUCACUUCCACCCACGGUGUGCCUGGUCUGGAGCAUGCCUUCCAUCUCAAGGACAUUGAGGACGCUCGAGGCAUUCGCAGCAGGAUUCUGGACAAUCUAGAGAUUGCCUCGCUGCCCACUACUACACCUGAAGAGCGAGAGAAGCUGCUCAGCUUCGUCAUCUCUGGUGGAGGACCCACAGGAGUAGAGACGGCUAGUGAGAUCUACGACAUGCUCAACGAGGAUGUGCUGGAUUACUACCCCAAGCUCCUCCGCCAACAGGCCAAGGUAUGGCUUAUCCAGUCCCGCUCGCAUAUCCUCAAUACCUACUCGGAGAAGAUCUCCAAGUAUGCCGAGGAAAAGUUUGCUAGGGACGAGGUGCACAUUGUGACGAAUGCUAGGGUCAAGGAGGUCAAGCAAGACUCGGUCUCGUACACGGUCAAGGAUGAGGAUGGAAAGGUGACGGAACACGAGGUGCCUAGUGGGAUGACGCUUUGGUCUACUGGUAUUGCGAUGAGUCCGUUUACGAGGUCGAUGACGCAGAUGCUGCCCAACCAGAGUCAUCUCAAGGCUCUGCUGGUGGACUCGCACUUGAGGGUACAGGGCACACCAAAGGGCACAGUGUAUGCUCUAGGAGAUGCUAGUACGCUGGACACGAGGCUGAUUGACAGCUUGUACGACUUCGUGGACGAGUGCGAUACAGAUCACGACGGACGCAUCUCCUACAAUGAAUUCCAAAAGCUAGCCAGCUCCGUCCGCAAGCGUUUCCCCUUGGCCUCUAAACACUUUGAAAAGCUGAGAGACCUCUUUGAAACCUAUGACAAGGAUCACGAUGAGCAUCUCUCCACGAAUGAAAUUGCCGACAUGUUCCUCGAAACACAACGAAAGAUGACUGCUCUUCCUGCUACGGCACAAGUGGCUAGUCAGGAAGGAGCCUACCUGGCUAAAAAACUCAACAAGCUCGCCAAGUUGAAGGAAAAGGGUCAACUCCUCCCCUCGCCUUCCAAAGCGGAGGAUCCAGUACCCAAGGUGGAUCUAGACGAGAUGCACUACACACCUUUUAGUUAUCGCAACUUGGGUUCCCUGGCUUACAUUGGAAAUGCAGCUGCUUUUGACUUGCCGUUACCGGAACCAAUUGGUAGCUUUGCGGGGGGAUUGGUAGCAAUGUACAUGUGGAGAUCAUUCUAUCUGAGUGAACAGGUCAGUACGAGGACUAGGAUGCUCCUGCUUAGCGAUUAUAUCAGGAGAGGUAUUUGGGGAAGGGACAUUUCUAGGAUUUGA